CUCUCAUCCCAUGAGCAUUUCACCCGCCUGAGCGGCUGGCACGGGAGACGGUUUCUCUGGGUCUCUUUUGUGGCUGGCGCGUGGAGCCAUGGAUCACCCCAGGGAGAAGGAGGGCGAGCGGCCGGUGCGGAGCAGCAAGGUGGCACAGGGGCGCAGCGGUCACUCCCGGCCCUCCAGCUCCUCCGCCUCCUCAGGCGUCCUCAUGGUGGGACCCAACUUCCGCGUGGGGAAGAAGAUUGGCUGCGGAAACUUCGGAGAGCUGAAGCUGGGUAAGAAUCUCUACACCAAUGAAUACGUGGCCAUCAAAUUGGAACCCAUCAAGUCAAGGGCACCACAGCUGCAUUUGGAAUACCGAUUCUACAAAACACUGGGAAGUACAGCGGAGGGACUGCCCCAGGUCUACUACUUCGGGCCCUGUGGAAAAUACAACGCCAUGGUGCUGGAGCUGCUGGGCCCCAGCCUGGAGGACCUCUUUGACCUGUGUGACCGCACCUUCUCCCUCAAAACUGUCUUAAUGAUCGCCAUUCAGCUGAUCUCCCGGAUGGAGUACGUCCACUCCAAGAACCUCAUCUACAGGGAUGUGAAGCCAGAGAACUUCCUCAUUGGGCGACAGGGCAACAAGAAGGAGCACGUCAUUCACAUCAUAGACUUUGGCCUGGCCAAGGAGUACAUCGACCCCGAAACCAAAAAACACAUCCCCUACCGGGAGCACAAGAGCCUGACCGGCACUGCUCGCUACAUGUCCAUCAACACACACCUGGGGAAAGAGCAAAGUCGACGAGACGACCUUGAAGCCUUAGGCCACAUGUUUAUGUAUUUCCUGCGGGGAAGUCUCCCUUGGCAGGGACUUAAGGCGGACACCUUGAAAGAACGAUACCAGAAGAUCGGGGACACAAAACGCAACACUCCCAUCGAGGUUCUCUGUGAGAGCUUCCCAGAGGAGAUGGCAACCUACCUGCGCUAUGUGAGGCGGCUGGAUUUCUUCGAGAAGCCAGAUUACGAUUACCUGAGGACCCUGUUCACUGAGCUGUUCGAGCGCAAGGGAUACACCUUUGAUUACACCUACGACUGGGUCGGCAGGCAGAUUCCCACGCCAGUGGGGUCGGUCCAGUUAGACUCGGGGGCAUCGGGGAUCACAAGAGAAAGCCACACCCCCAGAGACCGGCCCUCCCAGCACCAGCCCCUACGGAAUCAGACGGCAGCUUCAGACCGCAGAGGAGCAUGGGAGGUUCAGCCCAAUCGGCAGGCAAAUUCCUCCUACCUGAGUUCCCACCUGGCAGCAGACAGGCACGGGGGAUCAGUGCAGGUGGUCAGUUCAACCAAUGGCGAGCUGAAUGCGGAUGACCCACUGGCAGCCCACUCCAACGCACCAAUCACAGCGCAGGCGGAGGUGGAAGUGGUGGAUGAGGCCAACUGCGUGAAAAUGCUCAACCUGUGGUGCUGCUGCUUCUUCAGACGGAAACGGAAGAAGAACACACCAAGGCACAAGUGAUCCAAACCCACCCCCUUCCUCCUUCUCAGCC